AUGGCGCCGAUUAUCGCCUUCUCCGCCUCUCGAGACGCCCGUCUGCGGAGAGCCGAGAAGACUUGCGCCAUGACAGCCGCGUCGCACGGCAUCACGAUGGGGCCGUCGCUAGGUAAUCCGAAUUCCUCCUCCGACAUCUCGAGGAGCUCCCGGAAGAUAAAGGUAUUGAGGUACGCCAAGGGAACCACAAAGCGUCCCCCGUCCCGAGAGUAG